UAGAAAUAUAGAAUUGUAGAAGAAGAUCUGCAAAUCCGAAGAUUGUUUCUAAAACUCUCUUCAACGACACAAGACAAGCAGCAAACAACACUCAACCACCCUCCUCUAUCCUUUUUCACUUUCUCUCUCCUCGCCGUUACCACCGCAACAAUAUAUAUAUCGUCGUCGUCGUCUUUGUUGCUGCGGUUGCUAUUGUUUUUGCGGCGCCGCUUCCUUUGUUUUCUCUCUCCUCAGCGGUUCACCACAACAACAAUGCCUGCGCAGAAACGUUCGCAGGAAAACUCCGACGAGGAUCCUCCUCAAAACGACGCCGUAUUACACGACGAAGAUGAAGAAGACGAAGAAGAUGCAGAGGUUGAAGAUGGAGAUGAAAAUGAAGAAGAACAAGUAGAGCACGAUGAUGAUGGUGAUGAUGAUGAUGGUGAUGAUGGUGAUGGUGAUGGUGAUGAUGAUGAUGAAGAAGAUGAGGAGGAGGAUGAUAAACAUGGCGGCGGUGUAGUGUCCGAUCGAAGUCCUUCGUAUACCAGUGAUAUGAACGUCAACAACGAAGAAUUCAUUUUAGUCAGACUAUCGGAUAUUCGCAAGGAAGUACAAUGUCCAAUUUGUCUUGGGAUCAUCCGGAAGACAAGAACAGUUAUGGAAUGCCUGCAUCGCUUCUGCAGAGAAUGCAUUGACAAAUCAAUGCGGAUGGGGAACAACGAAUGCCCUGCUUGCCGCAAGCACUGUGCUAGUCGGCGGUCUUUAAGAGAUGAUCCAAACUACGACGCAUUGAUUACUGCUAUAUAUCCAGACAUCGACCAAUAUGAGGAAGAGGAGCUCGCAUUUCAGGAGGAUGAGAAAGUUCGAAACAAGCAGAUUCAAGCUGCAAUUGCCCAAACUUUUCGUCGACAAACAGAGGCACUUAGCAGAAAAAGGAGAAGAUCACAGGGUAAUUAUCGAAGAAGAAGAAAUUAUCGGUCUGAAGAUGAUGAUGAUGCUAAUGGUCAUGAUGGUGGCAAAGAUUCAUCUUCUGCGGAUGAACGUGGCACGGAGCCUAAACCCAAAAGACCAAAGAGGUGGAGAGGUCAGCCUUCACCAGCAGCUGCUAGUGCAGAAGGAGGUGUUGAGGAAAAUGAUCAAGAGGUGCACAGGGAAGCUGGGGUUUUACCAGCAGCACUGGUUGGAAGCUCAGAGAUUCUUGCUUGGGGAAAAGGUGGCAUAAGGAGUAACACUAGAUAUGGCAGUGGUAGUGGUGGUAAUGGCAAGCAUUCCCGUAGCCGCCUUUCAAGGUUGAAUGAGCAUCUUCGGAAUUUGGACAAUAAUGACAAUGAGUUGGAUAUCCAGGUUUUGCUUGUUUCUCUAGAUGAGCAGAAAGAACCUCUUCUGCAGCACUCGUCCUUGUGUGGCAGACCAGCCUUAUCUGUGGGGCAAUUAUGCCAAUUUAUUUCUCUUCAGACCUCGUUGCCACCUGAUCAAGUUGAAAUUCUGGGAGCGAAAGGCAUCUGCUCAAAGUUGAGCUCUUUGUCGACCAUGCAAGUCCAGUCAGGUUCCAAUGCAUUUGAGACAUGCAAAGAUGAGUUGCAAGUUCUGGAUUCUAAAGAAACUCUGGCUGGACUGAAAGCUGCAACCAAUUUUACUCGGGGCCACUUGAUUUUGGCAUAUCGGCAAAAGUUGUCAAUGUAAGAGGUUUACUGAGGAAUAAAGCUGGCUGUCACACGGAGUUAAGUCAACACAUCAAUAUUUGUAAAGGGAACAGAAGUAUACACAUAAAGUAAGGGUUUCAUUGUUUCAAGUGUUUGUAGAUUACAAAAUUAUGUUUUAGUUUGGAGUAUGAGGAAUUUCUAGGGUUGAAGGUGUCUAUAUAUAUGAUUUAUGUUGGAGUUUGAGGAGUUAUGUGGUUUCAGAAUCUUAGCUGACGCUUUGUAGUCGUUUAAGUCUCCAAUUAUGUGUCUCAAGUUAUUUGAAAGGAGCUGCUGUUCACUGUUUUAUAAUAGAUUUGGCAAAUGCCAUAGUUUUUUCCGAAUUGUGUAAAUUAAUUUUGUUUUGUCCAGCAAAAGCUUGGAUAGUACUAUUGUCUAAUGUUGAAUUUACAUGCCAAGCAUGGUUUUAGUUAGUGCCCAAAAAUGCCUAUGAAAUAUUCUCUGUGAA